AUGGUCUCAAGUCAUCAGGAGUCCGAAGACAGCCUGCAGGUGCCAGUCCUCCCUCUCGCGGUCGGGGGCCUUGGUGCCGGGCUUGUGGCGGCGGUCGUCAUGCUUCCCACGCCGGCGGCUGCCGGACUGUUGGCCAUCAUCGUCUGCGGUGUUCUCUAUGUCACCAACAUCUAUGUCACCAACCGCAGGAAAUUCGCCUCCAUCCUCCAAAUGCCCAGCCGGCCGCAUCCCCUCAUCAUGGGGCAUGUUGCCCUGGUCCCGGCUGACCCGCGGAAGGUCGAGGCGCAUUACACAUCUCUGCCUGGCAACCCCCACGCCCCGGAGUAUGGGCAGUAUUGGAUUGGCCCGAUCCCCGGCGUGGAGACCUACUCGCCGAAUGCCAUCAAGGCCAUCAUUGGCGCCUCCCAGAUGGCCAACAUCGCCAAGCCCUUCUCGUACGACCUGCUGGCGGAUUGGCUGGGGCCCGAGGGGAUCCUGCUGAGCGAUGGCGGGCCCCGGUGGCAGCACUACCGGCAUCUCCUGAGCCCGGUCUUCCAGCACCAGGAGGCCCUGCGCGGCCCCUUCUACGAGGUGAUGCGCGAGCAGGUGGGUGUGAUGGCCGACCGGCUGCACGCCCUGCACCGAGGCAACGAGCAGGCCAGGCAGUCAGGCCAGCCGGCCACGGCCUUCGAUCCGGCCACGGCCUUCGAUGUGUUUGACUGGUUCUCCUCCUGCAUGCUGGACAUCAUCUGCGAGGCCGCCAUGGGCUUCCAGCUGAACUCCCAGCAUUCGGAAGCCCACAUUGCUUACACCCGAGCCGUGGACUUUAUGAAGGAAAUGUCCAUCGUGCGCUUCCGCCAGCCGUGGCUGAUGAGCCCGCUGAUCUUCGGCCUCUCCCCGCUGGGCAGACGUUACCAGCGCGAGUUGAAGAUCAUUCACGACUUCACCAACAAGGUCAUCCAGCAGCGGCGCGAGCUGCUGGCCAAGAGCCAGAUCGACAUGUCCAGCAUCGGCGUCGCCGGCGAAGAUGCCGCCGCCGCCGCCGCCGCCGCCCAGCUGGACACCUUCUCCGGCAAGCCCAAGCAGCGCCCGGCCUUCCUGGACGUGCUGCUCUUCGAGCAGGGGAAGCUCCGCCAGCAGCUGGCCGAGGCGCCCACCAAGGAGGCCCGCCAGAAGAUCGAGGCCCUGCUCCUGGACGACAAGUCCCUUCGGGAGGAGGUUGACACGCUGAUGUUCGCCGGGCACGACACCAUUUCCAGCUUCGCCGGCUGGGCGCUGUACCUGGCGUCGCGGCAUCCCCGUCAGCUGGAGCCGGUUGUGGCGGAGCUGGAUGCCUUCUGGAGCGAGAAGCGCCGCCAGCAUGGCGGCGACGAGGCCUACCCCCCGACCGGGCCGGACGAGCUGCGCCGGCUCCACCGCCUGGACUGCUUCAUCAAGGAGGUCAUGCGCAUGUACCCGAGCGUGCCGACCAUCGCCCGUACCACCACGCAGGAGGUCGACAUCGAUGGGCACACCAUCCCUGCCGGGGUCAACUGCCAUGUGGAGAUCCUGGCCCUCCACCGGAACCCGGCGGUCUGGCCGGAUCCCCUGCGCUUCGAGCCGCUGCGCUUCGACGUGCACCACGACCGCGCCGGGCAGCCCCUCCCCCCGGGCGAGAAGGACAAGCCCAUCAGCCCGUACGAGUUCAUGCCCUUCUCGGCCGGGCCGCGCAAUUGCCUCGGUCGCCGGUACGCCGAGCUGGGCCAGCGCGUCAUGAUGGCCCGGCUGCUGCAUGAGUUCCAGUUCUUCGGGGCCGCCAGCCAGCGUGGCCCGGACAACACCGGGUCGGAGAAGCCGGUCGAGGGCUCCGAGGCGCUGGCCCUGCUGGAGGUGGCCCUUGGUUCGGUGGACCCAGUCUGGCUGCAGGCCAAGCCGCGCGCCAGUGUUCCCCCCACCGAGGCCUGA